CUUAUCUCCAUUUUUUUGGUAUCCUCUCGUUGAAUUAUUUGUUCUUAUUCAUUUUCGUUUAUUUUCUUACGGUUUGUUCCUUCUUCUAACGUCCGUAACGUUAAUCCGUCCAAUUUAGCGCGUCUAAUUAUUAAUAAAAUUAUAUGAUACUAAUGAAAACGAUGAGCUCGUGUUCUUUAAAUUAUUAUCGAGUAAUAUUAUUAUCUACGCUUUUGUAUUAUUAUUCGUGAUAGUAGAUGAAUAAUAACAGUGGUGGAAAGUAAUAUAUAUAUAUAUAUAGACAGUGCCAAUUCGUCGAAGAUCAACUACUCUUCCUGUUGCUUGCCGGUCGGGUUUGGGGAAAUUCUCAGUGAAACAGGCGUAACGAGGGCAAAACUAGCUUAGAGGCAAGAAAACGUUCUACCAUACGAUGCGUAUACCGGUGCUCCAGUUAAUUAACGAUGCAACGACACCGAAGACGAGUACGACGAGGAUGAUAACAGUAGGAAAGCUAGUGACAACAACAGGAAGAACGACUACGACGAAAACGACUACGACUGUUAAGAGAACGACUAUGACAACUACGGUGACGAUGACGUUAAUGACGAUCAUGAUGAUAAUGAUGAUGAUGAUGAUGGGUACGCGAUGAAAGAAAGGAAGAAAAAAGAAUAUCGUCAAGUGAAAUCACAUAAAAUUAGUCAGACUUAAAGAGUAAAAGAAUAAAAAUGCGUAAUGACUCGUAAUCAAUUUUCAUCGUCAAGCAGAAUCGACGACAUUUCUUUUUCGCGGACCACGAAGUAAAAAGGGGGAAAAAAAAAAAAAGAAAAAACGUUGAAGCAAAAAUUUCUAAAGACGAAAGUAAAUAAUAGUUUUAUUAGAAGACCUUUUUCUAAGUUAUUCUAUUACGUGUAAUUAUCAAAGACUGUUCAAAACUAGCCAAAUUUUGUAACAUUUUACACUGGUGCCAAAAAAGAAGGUAUCUCGAAUUUAAACCCUAUCAGGGAUCAAGGUCCAAAAUCUUCUUCUUCUCUCGAAAGAAGAGUUUUUUGUUUCUAAUACUAAGAUAUAAAUAAUAGAAGGAAAAGUGGAUCGUUCGGUAGCUAUCGUUGAUAGAGCUCGUCCUAAAUGGAAGGGUGGAGAAAAUGUCGCGUCUCAAAGAAGACGUCGAUACGUCGACCCUGGUACGACAAGGAAGACGUCUUCGUCUUCGUCGUCGUGGACUUCAUCGAGUUCGAGCUAUGUGAAUCGUCAAGAAAUUCGCAGGAACCUUCCUGCAUUGAGGAUAAAUAAAGGUGUUCUAACGGAUAAGAAAACGUUAGAUAAGAAUAGAAUGCCGGGGCAAACGUCGACACGAGAGAGCAGCGAGGUAAUCCGAAUGGAACCUUUGGGUAGAACAUCCAGUUCGCGUAGCCCCGGGCAAAAUGGAACUGCCAAUAGCACCGAAGUACCGGUAAUCACAGAAGACAGCAACACCGGAUUGCACAAACGUAGUAUUUACGAGCCCAAUGGAAUCGUCUGCUCACAAAAAAGGGCACUCUGCAUAGCCACCGUCGUUUUCGCGCUACUUUUCGCCAUAUCACUCAUCAUUGCCUUCGCGGGACCACAAAAUGACUGCCCUUGCGCUGGACAAAGGCCAGCCAAUAUAGAAAUCGAAGACGAUGAAGAGAGCAACGAGCCUAUCGCAACUAAUGGGGAGGUGUUCCCAUGGAAUAACAUCAGGCUACCUACAUUCGUGCAUCCUACUAGGUAUAACAUCACCAUCCAUCCAAAUCUUACCACCUUAGAAGUUAAAGGACAGGUCACCAUCGAAUUCUACGUCGAUAAAGAGACCAAUUUUAUCGUCUUCCAUAGUAACAACUUGACAAUAAACGAAAAGAUGGUCCAAGAUCGGAAAGGCCAUAGAUUGAAAAUCGCUAAAUUAUUGGAGUAUCCGACGAAUCAACAAUUAUAUCUCCAAUUGGAAGAGAGCAAAUUUCGAAAAAAGGGCUAUUACACGGUCCACCUGAGAUUCGUUUCGAAGUUGACCAGCAAUCUGGAGGGUUUUUAUCUCAGCAGUUACGUCACCGCCGAUGGAGAAAAGAGGUAUUUGGCAACGACUCAAUUUGAACCAACGUAUGCACGAUCGGCGUUUCCCUGUUUCGACGAGCCGCAGUUCAAAGCUAAAUUCAAGAUUUCCAUAUUCAGGGAUAGAUUUCAUAUUGCGCUAUGCAACAUGCCUGUUGUCAAUACGGAGGAUGCUGGAUUUUAUAUGGGCACUGGUCUUCUUAGAGAUGAUUUUCAACAAUCCGUCGAAAUGUCUACUUACUUGGUGGCGUUCGUUGUGUGCGAUUUUAAAAGGAUUUCCGAGAUGACAAAGAGAAACGUUUCUGUGAGCGUUUACGCGCCAGAAUCGAUGCUUCCUCAAGCGAGAUAUGCGGUAGAUAUCGCCGUUCGUACAAUGGAUUACUUUGAGUCUUUCUUUGGUGUAGAUUAUCCACUGCCUAAACAAGAUUUGAUCGCGAUUCCUGAUUUUGGUACCGAAGCAAUGGAAAACUGGGGCCUAAUUACUUAUCGAGAAACUGCAAUUCUUUACGAUCCCGAAGAAACAUCGACUGCUGCACACGAAUGGAUAGCCAUAAUUGUUGCACACGAAUUAGCACACCAAUGGUUCGGUAAUCUCGUUACGAUGAAAUGGUGGAACGAUCUUUGGUUGAACGAAGGGGCAGCCAGUUUUUUCGAAUACAAAGGUGUCAAUCACAUUUCACCGGAAUGGAAUAUGAUGGAUCAGUUUAUUCUUGAAAAAACACAAUCUGCCUUACAUCUCGAUGCACUUUCCAGUAGUCAUCCAAUCAGCGUAAAAGUAGACGAUCCCAAAGAGAUAGAAGCUAUCUUCGAUGUUAUCAGCUAUCACAAAGGUGCUUCGAUUCUAAACAUGCUCGAAAGUUUUCUUUUCGAAGACGUAUUGAGAAGUGGAUUGAACGAUUAUCUCAAUAUCCAUGCUUACGGAAACGCAGACACCAAAGAUCUUUGGGCAGUUUUUACUAAACAUGCCAAUCACACGUUCGACGUCAAAGCCAUAAUGGAUACGUGGACUCAACAAAUGGGUUUUCCUUUGGUCACGAUAGUACGCGAUGGUAAUACCAUUACAGCCAGUCAGAAAAGAUUUCUCAUAUUGCCGAAUGAAAACGACACAGAAAUUAUCGAUCAAAAAUCACCUUUCAACUACAAAUGGUACGUGCCUCUGAGUUAUUACACAGAUAAGGAACCUCAUAAGUUGCAAAACGUGUGGAUGAAUUUAACCGACGUCACCUUUGAAAUAGCGAACGACGUUGAAUUCAUCAAGUGCAAUGUCAAUCAAAGUGGAUUUUAUCGAGUAAAUUAUCCAGAAGACAUGUGGAUGUAUAUUAUCACAACUUUACAUAACAAUCACACGCAAUUCAGUCCGGCAGAUCGUGCAAAUCUUAUCGACGAUGCGUUCGAAUUAUGCGAAGCUGGUGAAUUAAAUGCUACUAUCCCUUUGGAACUAUCAUUGUACCUCCUAAAUGAAAGAGAUUACGUUCCAUGGAUGACGGCCCUCAAGUACCUGUAUUCUUGGAAGGGAAGAUUAGCCGAAAGUCGGGCGUACAAGAGAUACAUCGAAUUUCUUAAACGAUUGUUAGGUCCUAUUACAAAAUAUGUUGGUUGGACGGACGAAGGAACUCACUUGGACAAAUUAUUACGAAUUGCGGUGUUACAAUCAGCAGUAUCGGUGAAGCUGGAGAACGUGGUUGAACCAGCGAAAACGCUUUUCAACGAUUGGAUGUUGAAUAGUAAAAGUAUUAGGCCAAACAUUCGCGAUGUUGUUUACGUUGCAGGAAUAAAAUUUGGUGGCGAAACGGAAUGGAACUAUUGUUGGUCGGUUUAUCAAAAAACACAAGUUCCUAGCGAGAAAAGUGUGAUGUUGCAAGCGCUUGGUGCUACCUCAGAUCCUUGGUUGUUACAACGUUACCUUCUACGUUCUUUGGAUCGCGAGAAGGUGAGACCUCAAGACGUUGAGACUGUUAUAGGAUCCGUGGCUUCUAAUUCGGAAGGACUGUUUCUUGCUUGGCGACAUCUCAAAGCGUACUGGCACGAUAUACAAGCUUUGUUUGGUAACGGUACUCUAACUAUGGGUAGCUUGAUAAGCGUCGUUACGUCAAAUUUCUUCACAGAGCACGAUUACCGCGAGGUUACUGAAUUUUUUAAAAAGGUCGACGUUGGUAACGGUAAACGAGCCCUCGAUCAAAGUUUGGAGACGAUAAGAUUCAACAUUCAUUGGGUUAAAGAGAACGUGGACGUAUUGGACGACUGGUUGAUCGACUUCUUGGACGUUCAUUCGUGUUAACCCUUGCUCGUCGGAAAUGGGACAGCAAUGACCCGGAAUCGUUCGGUCGUUUUAUCGGUAUGGCUAUAUUUCUUCAUUAUAUUUAUACGAGAAUUUACCCUACGAGCGGGUAAUACAACGCGACAUAGCCUACUUGAAAAGGCCGAGAUCCGAGAGCGCUAUUGAAACGGUCAGAGAUGGCCCAUUUCCGCCAACUAAUUUUUCAUUCUGUGGUUUUGUUUUUAUUUUAUGUCGAAAGACUAUAUUUCUACCUAGGCAACAAUUAGACUGCAAAGAAAGACAAUCCGACACUGAGACGAGAGGGACGGAUAGGGAGGGUGCUUUCUUUAUUGCUCUAGCUUUUCACUGAUGAAAAUUACACACGUAUACUCACACACAUACACCUUUACGUCAAGGAUCCCGCCGGGUAUACAAAAGCUAUCUUUUUUUUUCUCCCUUUCUAUCUUUCUAUCUUUUCCUUUACCCCUCUCUCUCUCUCUCUCACUUUCUCUUUUUAUCACACUUUCUCUCUGUCUCUCUCUCAGUCUCACGAUUAGGCCUCGCCUGUCGGAAAAUGAAUCUUCUUGACGGUCGACGACGAGCGUGUAAUACUUGCCGAAUUGUUUGUAUGUAAAACAUAUUAUAUACACCGAUUUAUACGCACUUUCGAAAGUAUUUAUUUAUUGUACACGCGGUGCGUGCAGAUUGAAAUAUUAGGUGUAAAACGAAGAUACAAAAGCGUAAAAAAAAAA